UAGUAUCAUUUUGUUUUGUCAAUGAAUUCGCUAGGCAAUGUUUUAGUUUAACUUUUUAGAAGUUGAAUUUUAAUUUAAGUUACACUGAAGUCGAUGCGAUUUCGAUUCAGUUAUCGCUAGAAUUUUGGCGCGUGAACACGCUUUGUGCUACCUUGAUAAGAAGUACGUAAACUAAGAAAGUAUCGAUUCGUAACGAAGGUCCGAUUCGUUCGUACAAGAAAAGAAUUCAAGCAAUGGCAGAACAAAAUACAGAUACAACAACAACCGACGUGGAGAGCACCUACACGGCUCCGGGAAAUGAUCCUAAAAACAUGCAAGAGGUGACACAAUAUGUGCAGUCCCUACUGCAAAAUAUGCAAGACAAAUUCCAAAGUAUGUCUGAUCAGAUAAUCAACCGGAUAGAUGAGAUGGGAACGCGGGUUGAUGAACUGGAGAAGAACAUCACAGAUCUUAUGACACAAGCUGGUGUUGAAAAUGAAAAGUAGUAAUAAUGUAGCUGUGGUCCUAGAAGUAACUAUCACACCACAUUGUUUUGUGCCUGAAUCAUGUCAUUUUUACCAUUUAAUGUCAGAGUAAAUACCUAAAUACACAUAUAAAGAUAUAUAGGUGAUGUCACUCCAUAAUCAGGGCUAAAUGAAUUAGUGGCUCAUGUAUUCAUAAUUGUUAUGUAUGUAUGCCACCAACCACUAUAGAUAAGAUAAUAAUAUUUAAAACAUAAGUAAAAAGGCAGAAAAGGGGCCAUCGCCUUUGUACCUCCAUACCUGUAGGAAAAAAUUGGCUUGGUAUGUAACAUCAGUUAAUUAAGCUUGAUAAUUUUAUCAUAUACCCAAUAAUUUCACUACUGCAUACUUAGACUGGUUAGUUUACUUACACAAUAAGAUAAUACAUAAUAUAUCAUGUGACAUAUAAGCCCAUAGAGUGCAUGUAGUAGAGUUAACAAUAACUAUAAAAAAACUAGAUGUAAUGGCAUGCCAUGAAGUUUGUUCAAGGAUAUUGGGGUUUACUGGAUGGAUUUAAUAUUUAGAAAUUGUUCCUUUGUUACAUAGUACGCUAGUAGUUGUCUAAUCUAUGGGAAGUGGAUAUCAAAUUAAAUGCAAAGCAAUAUGGAGUGAUCAGACAAUUGGUUUCUUGUAAGUUUUUAAUAAACACAGUGGAUCUAUCUGUGUUGGCGCAACUAUUUGUAUAAUUGUUUAUUUUGUAAUUAAAUUGUGUUGUAUUGUA